UAGAGACAGAUUUGGUAUAAAUACCCUGAGCCCAGUGGCCUGGGUAGCAGCAGCCAGCUCAGACUUAACCUCCAGACUUAAGGACUAUACAGCAACGUGCCGGGACAGCAGCCUCCCGAGCCCCACUGAUCUUUUGGAGCCUAAGUCUUCUCUGCUGGUUUAACGUCACAAGAUGGACCUCAGGGUGACAAGUGUUCUCCUCCUCCUGGUGGCCUUGGCCGUGGCAACGCCAGAGAGAUAUUACCAUGUACAGAAAGUAGCCAAGCAGCAGUAUCCUACCAAGAGCCAUGUCCAAAGAGAAAGCUCAGAAGACAGCGGGGAAAGUAGAGAGGGUGUUGCAGGGGAGCCAGGUAUUCCAGGAUCCCCUGGUGAGCCAGGACCUAUGGGCCCCCCUGGGCCUCCCGGCAAGAGUGGCAUGGGACAUCCCGGACCAAAGGGCCCAGCCGGGAACCCCGGACCUGCUGGAUACUCUGCAGCUGGCAAGCCUGGCAACUCAGGUGCUCCUGGGAAACCAGGUAGUAAUGGCAUGCCUGGUGAGAAGGGCCAUACUGGCGCAACUGGCGCCAUGGGUCCAAGAGGAUCUCCCGGUUCCCCUGGAAGCCCAGGACCUGCUGGACCCUCUUCUGUUGGCAAACCAGGCCCACACGGUCUGCCCGGCGGCAUGGGGCCAAGGGGUGAGCCCGGACUUAAAGGACAUCCAGGUAUCCCUGGUCUGCCAGGACAAAAGGGAGAGAAGGGAGUUGGUAUUCAUGGAGCACCAGGUGCAAAUGGUGCAGUGGGACCAAUGGGACCAUCUGGUAUGCCCGGUCAACCUGGAGUUGGUAAGUCUGGUGCCACUGGAUACCCCGGGGAGCCUGGAAAGUCAGGUACUCCAGGUAGGGAUGGAGCUCCAGGAGCCAUGGGUCUGCCAGGGCCAAAGGGCCACAAUGGAAACCCUGGGGUAGGAGCACCAGGAAAGUCAGGUGAGAAUGGCAGUCCAGGUAUGCCUGGAAAUAUGGGACCUAAAGGUCCCCAGGGACAUGCUGGACAACCAGGUGCACCUGGCAUGCCAGGAAUUGGUAAACCAGGAGCUAAUGGCAUGCCAGGAGACAGAGGAUCACCAGGUACAUCAGGAACCACUGGUCAAAAAGGAGAGCCAGGGCCAACAGGUUACACUGGGGCAACAGGUGCUACUGGGCUUACGGGUCCAGCUGGUCCCCAGGGUGCUAGAGGAUUCCAGGGAGAGACAGGUAUUCAGGGACUUAAAGGUGAUGUCGGCAUGGUGGGAGCUCCUGGGGCAAAGGGAACCAAGGGAGAUCAGGGACAUCAGGGUUAUGCAGGGAAGUCAGGUAUCCCCGGGGCAGCAGGACCUCCUGGUGCAACAGGUGCUACCGGACAUCAGGGUAAUAAGGGAGGUCAGGGCCAUACUGGCGCUCCAGGUACUCCAGGUGCAAAUGGGCUUCCAGGAGCAAAGGGACACACAGGCACACCUGGAGGACCUGGGAAACCAGGUGAGAACGGUAUCCCAGGGGUAAGAGGACCAGUGGGGCCUUCAGGUACAGCAGGUCAACCAGGUCUUAAGGGUCACCCAGGUCUUCCCGGUACACCCGGCCCAGCUGGCAAGAUGGCGAAGGGAGUUUCUGGUCCCAUGGGUCCACCUGGAGCUCCUGGUUCCAGAGGUCACAAUGGUAACCCAGGUGCUAUGGGACCUCCUGGCCCACCUGGUCCCCCUGGUGAGAUGGUCUACCACCAUGAGAAGAGCAUGCCCAUAAAGUCCCAUGAGAUUAUGAUGCCUCAUCAUGAGAUGAUGAAGGCCCCCAUGUCUGCCUUCAGCGCUGUUCUGACUAGGGCUUACCCUUCAGCGGGAUCACCUAUUCAGUUCAACCAGAUUAUUUACAAUGGUGAGCAGCACUAUGAUUCCCAGACUGGCAUCUUCUCCUGCCAGGUACCAGGUCUCUAUUAUUUCUCCUACCAUAUGCAUGUUAAUGGUGCUAAUGCAUUGGUGGCACUGUACAAAAAUGGUGAGCCAAUCAUGUUCUCAUACGAUGAGUACAACAAGGGCUUCUUGGAUCAGUUGUCUGGCAGCACUGUCCUUAUGCUGAAUGCCCAUGACCAAGUCUACAUUCAGGUCCCUGAUGAGGAGACCAAUGGUGUCUUCGCUGCCGACAAUGUUCACUGCUCUUUCUCUGGGUUCCUGAUUGCUUCAACGUGAUACAGACACUAAUAAAACCGUGAAACCUUAAAGAAACUACUUAAAGAAUAGAUCAGUUUACAACUUCCAUUGAGAUUUGGUUGUCAUUGUAGAAUAAAAAAAAAUGUACGUAAUAUUCUUCAAGUUCAUUUGUCUUUCAAAAAGCUAAAAAAGUAAGAGCAGCAAUUUUCUGAAGUAUUCCAUUGAGACAGGCAUUCAGUUCAUGGAAGCAAUAAAUUCAGGGGAAGAAUAUAAUUUAGGAAUUAAAUGGUUUUUAUCACUAUUCCCUAUUUGCACAAGUAUUCAGCAAACAAUGAUUAAAAAGUUUGAAAAUACACAAAAUGGUGCUCUUUGACUGCCUGCAACAUUUACAGCAGAUUUUUUGUUUUCAAAGUGUUUAAUAAAUGUCUUGUAAUAUACAUGCAAAGUAAAUCAUGUGUUUGUUUUUUUGCAAUGCUGUAACAAACCUUUGACAAACAAGCAGUGUAUUAUUGUUACACGCAUUAUGAAACAGUCAUUCAAAAAUGUACUAUAUCAACAACAACUUUAUGCCUGAGGAUGCAUUUAUGCUGUUUAACUUACUGACCAAAGUAAAGAAUAAAGUCGAAGUUCUGAAACUGA